AUGUUCUCUCCACUCCUCCAGUUCACUCCUCCACCUCCAUCUCCGACUUCCCCCUCCUCCCCCACUUACUAUUCUACACCUACGACGACGAUUCGCGACGAUCUUUAUUUUUCUCUCGCACGAUCCUGGAAUGACGGAUUGACCGUGGAGGUUUUUCCGGACCCUCCCCCGCUAGAGAACAGAGGGCGUUUCCGGGGAGAACCCUGGGAGAAAAGGAUAAGGAAAAGGGACCCUUUGGGGAAGUGUGUCAAAUUGCGUGUAUCGAUAGGUCAGCUAUCGCGGCGGCCAUCAAACAUAGAAUUGCAUAGAUAUCACAAAACCUAUCACCUUUGUGUGUGA